AUACUAGAUGCUAUUGAUGAGUGUCCAGCGAGCAGCGGCAUGCGCGACCAGCUUUAUGAGAUUUUGGUAGACGUCGGGAAGUGGUCAAUCCCGAAGCUGCAGAUAAUAGCAACCAGUCGACCAGCAGUGGAUAUUGAAAAGAUUUUGUCGAAACUCACAAAGCUAAGUGUCGUACCUAUUCAAAGCUCUGCUGUGGACGAAGACAUUAGACUUUACGUAAAGUCUCGAAUGGCGAAUGAUAAUAAGUUGAGAUCUUGGACGCAGAAGAUCGAAGAUAUCGAGACAUCGUUGGUAUCAAGGUCCAAUGGCAGCUUUCAGUGGGUUUCCUGCCAGAUAGAGAAGCUGAAUAAGUGCAAGACCCGUAACGAGAUCCGGCAAGCUUUGGCGACAUUGCCGAAAACUCUGGAGAAAUCUUACCAACGCAUUCUGGACAAUAUCGGCGAGGAAGAUCAUUUUAGAGCGGUGUCUGCCCUCAGGUGGUUGAUGUUCUCCCAACGACCACUCUCGGUCAAAGAGCUUGCUGAAGCCUCGAUCAUCGACCCCAAUAGCGACCCUGCAGUUGAUGGAGAUGACCGAUUGGAGUCACCUACAGACAUUCUCCAACUCUUAUCUGGUCUUGUCCGCACAUAUCACGAAGACCAUCUUACCUACUCGUCUCCCGACGAGAAGUGGCUGAACCGUGAAGUGGUGAAAAUUGCUCAUUUUUCAAUCCAAGAAUACCUAUUAUCCGACCAUAAGGGCCCGCGACUAACGGAAGUCUUUCGGAUCGAAAAAUUCUCUUCUCAGCGGCUUAUCGCUGAGAGCUGCUUGCUGUACAUUGACUUUGUUAGGGAACGCUGUGAAUAUAAUACCCCUACUCAUUGGGAUCUUGAAAGGCUCUAUCCCCUUGAAUUAUAUGCGAGUCGAUAUUGGCCCCAUCACGUCGGUACUUGUGAAACUAUGGGAAAUACACCUGUAAAUCUGCUUU